AUGCCGAUGCUGGUACGGCCCACUCAGACCCUGAAGGACCUCACCUCCACCCCGACCCACUUGGUGGAAACCAGCGGCUUCGAGCUGGGGCAGACGUCUCACUCUCCCGCGCACAAGAACGCCUCAUUGGGCGCGAAGUCCUUCUCCGAGCCCUUCCUGCGCCAGCCGACGGAGAGGGCACGACAGCCGGAGACAAGCCGGGAGGAGCGAGAUCACAUAGGUCUCGUGCGAUUUCACCGCCAGCCGAAAGUGCCCAUCGCUGGCGGCAUUUGCUGGAAGGCCAAAACUGGCCAGUUCUUGAAGAACCAGGCUUACUAUCCCCAGCGGCCCAAAACGAACCUUUGGGAUGUGCCCGCGCACGCUGGCGUGAAUACCUGGAAGGACUGGCAUGGACCGAAGAUGGCCGCGGACGCAGAGACGAUCGAGCGCCUCGACCACUUCGACCAAGAACAGGCUGAGUGGGAGGCCAAGAAGUUCUUCGUCAAUACGGUACGGGCCGAGACGCUGGACCGUCUGUCCAACCGGAAGAUCAACCGGCGGAUGCUCGAGUUUCAGCCCAGUUGGGCCCCUCACCAUCGUUCAAGACGAGAGGUGCAUCCUAUGUUCGAAACGUUCGAGUCGUGCAUGGGCGAAAAGCCUCGGAAGGAGCUCAAAAAGGUGUAUACAGACAGUGUGCUACGCAAAGACCGACAGGCCAUCCGUCAGAUCGUCUCGCGCAUCCAGAGCGAAGAGACCUGGAAGUUGGCGUACAAGCACUACCAGCAGGACAGGCGUGCGGACAUCCGUGCCGACCUGCGGGAAAGACAGGCCCACAUCGAGCAGCUGAUGACGCUGUCCGGGCAACCUAUCAAGCAGGAUGGAUCACCUCCGCUGCCCAACAACUGCACCCGGCGCAGUGAGGAGCUGGCAGCCCCUCGGCCGCCCAACGUGCCAGAAGACGUGACGCAGUUCAAGGAGUUUCGGGGCCUCAUCCAUGCGGACUGCGACUUUGCCUUGGAGGUGCUCUACCCCGGCUUCGGCCCUGAGCUGAGCAAGGGCUUCUGUGCCAACGCGACCAGGAGUGCCGAGCCUGGUUGGCCCCCUCCGCCUCCAGCCGAGACGCCGCGCCGGCAUCGGGGGCCUUCGCGGGAAUCGCAGCUCAAGAAGGGCGGCACCGUCAGCAAAGGGGCCAUCCCAGUGGCAAAGCAACGCCUGGAGCGCAUUGGCACUCGCGUCAAUGAGGAUCUCCUGGCCGAUCACUCCAUGGCCCAGUUUCGGCGGACGCAGGCGCCGCCUGCUCCCCAGCAGAAGAACACGCUUAUGCAGGAGGACUUCUCGCCGACGGUGACGCAGCGUGAUCCCGACCGCAUGAAAGCAGGAGGCACCUUCACGCGGACACAGAUAAGUCACCCGAGCUCUCCGAAGGCGCAGGAGUCCUUGCCGCCCCCGCGCCGGGCCAUGGUCUAUCCGGUCAUGGUGGCCUCGCAGCCGGAGUCGCCGAAGGCGACGAAGUUGCUCCAGGCCACCAGCACGAGCGCGAUGUCUUCCCAGAGGCUCAGUCCCACGUCCACGUUCGGAAGCGCCUCCUCGCCACAGCUUCGCCUGCCGGCCCGCUCGCUUCUGACGAUGGGAUCCUGUAGCCAGGACCAGGCUCUCACGGGGGUCUGCUCGGAUCUCGACGACUUCGAGGCCAACAUGGAAGCCAUCCCACGGAUCAGCAACUUCUUCGCCGAGCCCCACCGCCGGCGAGGCAAAGAGCGCUCAGUCGAGCCGGCAGCGCGGGUCGGAGGAGAGGAUCCAGGCAUCUCUUACCACAUCUCUGACUGA